AAUAAUACUUUUUGUUCUAAUAAUAUCACCAACAAAACCACCCUUAUUAUCGUCUAAUUGCUUUUAUUUUCUUUUUCCUCACUUCUAUCUCACUGGUUAAUCGGUCUAUCCAUCUAAUUGCAUUUUUUUUAUUUUCUCUCAUCGAUUCACCAUAGUAUUAAGUAUUCUACUAAAUAUCCCAUUCAAUAUUCUUUUCCCCAUAAUAUUCACAUACUCAUACACUCAAAAUGUUUACCAAUUCCUUUAGAUCUAAUCCUAUAAGAAACCAAUUGAGAUACAAUCUUAAAAAUUUCAAAAACCCCAAUAACCUCAAAAACCUCAAUAACAAACGAUUUUACUCUGAAAAAUCAAAAUACUUUCCCAAGGAAUCUCCAAGAGAAGUAAUUGGAAGAUUUGCUACCUGGGCUGCACUCUUCACGAUUGGUUUAGCCUAUGGCUCAUACAGAACUGUUGACAAAAUACAUGAACAUCCCUUACCACAUUUAUUCCCAAAUUCUUCAAUUACUCCCCUUGACGAUUUAUUAAAACCUGUUUAUGGUUCCACUGCUGAUUUCGAAAAGGCUUUUAAAGAAGUCAUUGAGUUAUUGCCAGAAGGCCACACUUCAACCUCCCAAUCAGAAUUGGAUCAUCACUCUGAUACCUAUUGGAACUCUCAUCAUGCCACUGACGAACAAAGACCUGCCAUGAUCGUUUGGCCCGAAUCAACUGAAGAGGUUUCCAAAAUCUUGAAGAUUUGCAACAGCUAUAAAAUUCCUGUGACUCCAUAUUCUGGCGGUACCUCUUUAGAAGGCCAUUUUAUUCCAACGAGAGGCGGUAUCUGUUUAGAUUUGAACAAAAUGAAUCACAUCUUAUCGAUCAACGAAAGUGAUUUGGAUAUCACAUUGCAACCUUCAGUUGGCUGGGAGGAUUUGGAAGAGUACUUACAUCCAAAGGGCUUAUUAUUCGGUCCUGAUCCUGGCCCAGGUGCUGAAAUUGGAGGAAUGAUUGCUACUUCUUGUUCAGGAACCAAUGCUGCAAGAUAUGGUACAAUGAAGGAAAACGUUUUAAGUCUUACUGUUGUCUUGGCCGAUGGAACAAUCAUCAAAACUAAAAAAAGGCCUCGCAAAUCUGCUGCUGGUUAUAAUUUAACUGGUUUAUUCAUUGGCAGUGAAGGUACUUUAGGCGUGGUAACUGAGGCCACUUUGAGAUUGAAUGUCAGACCCCAAAAUGAAACUGUUGCAGUGGUUCCCUUUCCUUCAAUUGAAGAUGCUGCCAAAUCUGUUGAGCAAAUUGUUUCCAAGGGCAUCCAAGUCAAUGCUGUAGAGUUAUUGGAUGAUGAAAUGAUGAAAUGCAUUAAUAUCUCCGGCGAGACGUCUAAAACCUGGGUUGAAAAACCAACAUUGUUUUUUAAGUUAGCCGGUUCUAAAAACGGCUUGAAAGAGAUGGUGAGCACUGUUAAAGAUAUCACCAAAGGCAACAAUGGUAUUGAUUUCGAGUUUGCAAACACUGAAGAGGAAAGACAGGAGUUAUGGGCUGCAAGAAAAGUGGCACUUUGGUCAACCAUUAAUUAUGGAAAGACGCUCAAUCCUGAUAUUCAAGUUUGGACCACUGAUGUUGCUGUUCCUGUGUCUAAAUUGGCCAAUGUUUUGAAAGAGACUAAAGACGAUAUGAAAAAAUCAGGUCUAACAGCCACUUUGGUUGGGCAUGUUGGGGAUGGAAAUUUCCAUGCUUUCUUGUUAUACGAUAAAGAGACAAGAAAAACGGCAGAAGAUUUAGUGGAAAGAAUGGUGCACCGAGCUCUUGAAAAUGAAGGUACAUGUACUGGUGAGCAUGGAGUUGGUUAUGGUAAACGAGAUUUUUUGAUUAACGAAAUUGGACAAGAUCCAAUCAGCUUGAUGAGAAAGAUUAAAAUGGCAUUGGAUCCAAACCGAAUUUUGAAUGCUGAUAAAGUUUUCCGGAUUGAUCCAGACGAACCAUUAGUUGAGCAUAAAUGAGUUACUAACAAGUGGUUUUAUUCCUUAUUUGAUAACCGAUAAUAUUUUUUUUUGAUUUUAUUUUAUUUGUGAAAAUAUUUUCGAGUUAUUUUGAUUCAUUCCCAUGUCCUUAGUAUUUAAAUCUAUUUUUCCAAGAUUUAGUACUUAUUUAUCAACUGCAUUAACAAUUUAAACAUAUUUUUGAUUUGAUUUGAUUUGUAUAAUUGGUGAUAUUGUUAAAACCUAUUGUGUAUCCUUUUAUUUUAUUUAGUUUCCAGCUUUCUGUUCUUUUAUUUCUUUUAUUAAUUGUAUCACAUUGCUCUAUUUUUUAAUUUUUUUUUUUCAUUUCCUUUUUUAUUGUUUUUUUUAUUUUAUAGAUUCCUUUAUACCAUUUGAUAUAUAUAGAUAAUUAUAAUUUUCAUUGUUAUUUUU